AUGUCACAGGAAGCGCGGGAAGUUUCCAACCUGGUGAAUGAUAUGCAUAAGAUAUGUGACUUUGGAGUAACUUCACAGCACUGGCAGCUCAAGGAUAUGCUUAAGAUCAAAGGAGAAUCCUUGGUCUUUCCCAAGGCAUGCAAUGUAAUGUCUUUCGAUCCCUAUAAAAAUGCAACCAAAAUGGUGUAUGAAGGAACGGACUUCUUCCCUACAUCCAUCUGCUUGAAAGAUGACAUUCUGGCAGUAGGAGGAUCCAGGGGACAUCUCAAAGUUAAGAAUCUUUCCACAAACGAAGUCCUUUCUCAGGUUGUAAGUUCAUCGAUCAACAAUAAUAUAUGUAUAAACAACAACAGAAUCUUCAUAUGCAACAAUGAUAGAACUUUAAAGGUAUUUACAAUGGAUCUUCAGAGCAGCGGUUGUAUAAACCAUAUUGCACAAGUCAACAGCUGCGGAAUCAGCCCGGACAACAAGUUUUUGGUUAUUGUGGGAGACUCUAACGACGUAUUUUUGUACUCUAUAGACAACGACAACUACAAGCUUGUUAAAAAACUGAAGAGUACCGAGGAUGGGGGAUUCAGUGUGUCGUGGAACAGUGUGUCCUCUUCAUUUGCAGUGGGAACCCAGGACGGAUAUGUAUGCAUAUGGGACAUAAGAAGUGACCGCAUGCUUCACAAGUUUGAGAGUAAGCAGAAGGAUAGUCAUAAGGGAGCAGUACGGAACGUGAAGUUUUCUCUGAAGAAUUCCCUUGACCUGCUGUUUUUCACAGAGCAUUUCUCGUUUCUGACUAUUUGUGAUAUGAGAGACUUCAGAAGAUGCCAAAGACUCAAGAUAUUUCCUGAUAAACAGAUAACUGGAGCAGUCUUUUCCGAGAUGAAUGACAAGAUAUUCUCCAGCUCAGAGGAUCAAAUAUUCGAGAUAAAUAUUAAUUCAAAGGCUAGACGUAUGUUUGGAGGGAUAUGA